AUGUCGUCGAAUUAUCCUCCUUACCCUGAACAUCCAGAAAAUUAUUCAGCCCCUCCAAUAACAAUUGUUUUAACUGUAACUCUUCUUGUGUUCUUCUUUGUGGGAUUUUUUACCAUAUACUUUUGUAGGUGUUUCAUGGAAAAUAUUAUUAACUCAAUGAAUAAUCGUAAUAGUCCCUCAGAAAAUGUUGUUGGUUCUUCUUUUGUAAAUCAAGGACUUGAUCCUUCACUUGUACAAUCUUUCCCCACGUUUCAAUACUCAACUGUUAAAGAUUUUCGUCGCGAAAAGUAUGGUUUGGAAUGUGCUAUUUGCUUGGCAGAGUUUGAGGAUAAUAAUUUGCUCCGACUUUUAACUGUUUGUUACCAUGUUUUCCAUCAAGAAUGUAUUGAUCUUUGGCUUAGUUCUCAUAAAACCUGCCCGGUUUGUCGUAGGGAUCUUGAUUUACCUGACAUUCCAUUGGAAAAAUCUCCACCAUAUGUGCGUAGCAAUUCCAUGAAUGAUAUCAGUGUAAGUAAUUUAUCAUUAGAAGAUGCGGUAAGCAUUGUUAUUAAGGAAGAUGAAGAGGAAGAAUGUAGAGGAGAAAGUAUUGAGCAAGGGGCUCUAAAUAAUACCAUAAUUAAACAAAGUGAAAGAGGUGAAAAUUUUGAGAAAUUUUCAAGGUGUCACUCAACAGGACACUCAAUACUUAGAACAAGACAAGAGGAAGAUAGGCAUACAUUGAGAUUGCCGGAACAUAUGAAGAUUAAACUAUUAAGGGGGCACAAUUGUACAGGAAGUUGUAUUGCAUUUGGGGACUUCUCACGCCGAACAGCCACCAGAAAUUUUGGAGGUUUUGGUGAGGUUACAGGCUGUUCUGCCGGAAACAUCGAUAGAGUAUAA